AUGGCUCCUAUGAUGAAGUACUUCUACGCUGGUCUUCUCGCAGCCAGCACUUUCACCUCAGCCGUAUUUGCCAGCCCCAUCGACAAUACUGCCGUCGUCGUCGAGUCCAGAGAUGUCAAAUACCUGAGCGAGGGUGUCAGCACCCCCAUUGGUAUUGAUAUCGCCAACGCCGUCGCCGUCCGCAGCGUCGAUAAGGAUACCGCCUCUCUCAAGAAGCGUGUCUUCACUUCCCCCCAUGUCCGCAAGGCCUUCAAGGUCGUCGCCGGCAACAUGAUCAGUGCCGCCUCCUGGGCUUUCAACUUUUGGGUCGAGGAGGACUACACUGGCAAGUCCACCAUCUGGUACAGCGGCCUCACUGGUGGCGGCGUCACCAGUCCCAAGAUCGGCGUCGAGGGCGCAACCUUCAUCAACAAGAGCGGUACUGAGCUCGACAUCAAAGUCCCCUUCCUCGUCAGGGGCUUCUACGCCGGAAAGGAGAUUGUCGUUCACUUCAUUGUCCGAAUCCUCAGCGACGCUGGUGAAACUUCAGUCCGAUACUUCUACGACCGCCCCACGGCCACGAUCGCCGGUCAGAAUGCUCCUGUAUCCAGCUGGGACUUUGUUGACACCAAGUAA